GUACUCCAAAUAGCGUUGCUCGCAAUUUUACGGCAAAAACCGAGUUAUUACUGUGAAAAAAUGCUCGUUUAUGACAUUUUGGUGAUAUCGAUGUCUUUCUAAACCCUGUGUGAACUCUUUCAUUUGACGUUGAUGCCAGUUUUGUGGACAAACCUUUCCAAGGACAUCAAAGGACCUCGAAACAGUAGAUACUUUUGAGGAGACCGCCGUGACACAAAGACAUGUACAGUGUGUUACUGUGGAUAGCGAAUUCGGUAGGUGCUGUCGAGUGUUAAAAAUCGGUUCAAAAUCCAACCAUUUCGAACGUUAUCGGGAAGACAGUGACCGUUCCUUCAUGACUUGACCAGUAAGGACACUUCAGUGAUCGGAACGAUCGACAUGGCGUCGUGUAAAGGAUCGAAUUUGCCCUGUAUUUGGGCGUUCAUGUGGAUUAUGGUUGUGAAUGUUGUUGUUAGUCAGCACCAAUAUGAGAUGGGCGCCGGACUGCAUGAUCAUGGCCGCUGUGAGCCGAUUACAAUACCUUUAUGUCAAGACAUUCAAUACAACGAAACGAUUAUGCCAAAUUUACUGAAUCACCAAAAGCAAGAAGAAGCCGGACUCGAAGUACACCAGUUUUUCCCGCUUGUUAAGGUAGAGUGUUCGGUUGAUUUGAAAUUUUUCCUAUGUGCUAUGUACGCGCCUGUGUGCACUGUACUGGAAACACCACUGCCUCCGUGCCGUUCUCUGUGCCAGAGUGCACGUACCGGCUGCGAAUCGCUCAUGAAUCGUUUCGGUUUCCAGUGGCCAGAACGUCUGGAUUGUUCCAUAUUUCCACAACAGGAACCUGGUGUAUUAUGUGUUGGACAAAAUCGCUCCGUGCCGACGCAAAUGCCGACGCAAAAACCAGAUAACCGAAGCGUUACACCGACGUCGGACUACGUCGUCCAUCCAUUUACCUGCCCCGAACAACUCCUCGUCCCGGCUUAUUUGGAUUACAGUUUCAUGGGCGCUGAGGAGUGCGGUGCUCCUUGUGAAAGCAUGUUCUUCUCGGGGGCACAGUUGGAAUUUGCUCGCAUAUGGAUUGGUAUUUGGUCGAUAUUAUGUGCAGCUUCCACCCUAUUCACCGUCUCAACGUUUCUCAUCGACAUGCCCCGAUUCCGAUAUCCGGAGAGACCCAUUAUAUUUUUAUCAGCUUGCUACUUCAUGGUCGCCGUCACCUACGUUGUUGGCUUUGUCGCAUAUGUAAUUGGAACUGAAAUAUCAUGCAAUCCACCUUAUAGCGAAGCUGUGGGUUGGUCGACUGCUGUGCAAGGCACCAAGAAAGAAGGAUGUACAAUUUUGUUUAUGAUUUUAUAUUUUUUCACUAUGGCUUCGUCGAUCUGGUGGGUCAUCCUGAGUUUAACCUGGUUUUUGGCGGCAGGUAUGAAAUGGGGACAUGAAGCGAUUGAAGCAAACUCGCAGUAUUUUCAUUUAGCUGCUUGGUCAGUUCCUGCCGUAAAAACAAUAGCCAUUCUAGCAAUGGGCGAAGUAGACGGCGAUGCCCUGUCCGGAGUGUGUUUCGUUGGAAUUACAGAUGUUGACGCUCUUCGUGGUUUUGUCCUUGCUCCAUUAUUUCUGUACCUGUUGAUAGGAACAUCAUUUCUCCUGGCUGGAUUUGUUGCCCUUUACCGUAUUCGGACCUUUAUGAAACAGAAGCACGAUGGCACAAAAACUGAUAAACUAGAAAAGCUGAUGAUCCGAAUUGGUAUUUUUUCAGUUUUAUACACAGUUCCUGCCACGAUAGUAAUUGCAUGUUUUUUCUAUGAACAAGCCAACAGGAGCUUGUGGGAAUACACCUGGCAAGUUGAUCGAUGUAUACCCAUGCAUUUUUCUUGCCCUUAUGGGGCGGGUCCAGCACCACUAGAAGGACUAGUCACACCAGACUUUACUGUAUUUAUGAUCAAGUACCUAAUGCUUCUCAUAGUGGGUAUUACAAGCGGGUUUUGGAUCUGGUCUGGAAAAACUAUCAGCUCGUGGCGACGUUUUUAUCUAAGGUUAGUAAGUCGUGGCCGAGACGAGACAACGGUGUGACUGACAGACACCAGGUAGGGCUGAAUCUGGGAGGGAGGGGGGUUAUGGGUGAUGUCUUUUGACGAUAUAUGAAAAUGAAACCAUGCAAAAGUUGCGUUGACAGCUUUUUUUCCCAUGUUUUCAUACAUUUGUCGGAAAAACAAAAAAACAUCACCAUGAAUAAUUGUUAUACAACCCCCUAUAGAAAACUGGAAUAAUGUACUUAAAAAAAAUAUAAGUUGUUUUUCCUUUUAAUAGUAUUUUAUUUAAUACCCAGUUUCAUAAACUUUUAUGUACCAAUAUUUUUUUUUUUUUAAUUUUUAAAGUCUGGUUAUUUAACUAAGUUGGUCAGCCCUGCAAAAGUUGUAUCCAUUGUGAGCUAUUUUACAUUUUUAGACGUAGAAAGUUUUUUUUAUAUAUACACAAACUAAUUUUCUGAUGAUGUUUAAAUCCAUGAAUGUCUAGUAAUUUUGCUAGAAGGUGGCCAAUUCUUUUGCAUGGCUGAUCUCCAAAUAUGUUUCUUGUUGUCCCCAUAUUUACAUUUACAGUACGGAGAAAAAGUCAGUUGGGACAGCCGACAUAUCCCCAAUCUGCGGCGUAUAUGAACUUUGACAUCGUAACUCUGCCUAGUCGAUACUAGUUAUGUACAUAAAAAGAAGACUUUUUUGUCGCUUGUGAAUUUAUAAAUCAACUACGCUCAAUGGUGAAAUCUACACGCCGAAAGCAUAGCUGUGUCCAAACAAGGGGGAGGGAGGGAAUCAAGUGAUCGGUCUGAAAGAGAAAACCGUUCUAUCAACAAAGGACAUUCAUUCUACAGACCCCAUUAAUUUGGCAUGGCAGGGUAACCGAUAAUGUUGUGUUAUUUGGCCGUCUUGUAACCUAAUAGUAUAUAUUAGACUCAAUAUCCAGCUCCUCUCACUCACUGUGUUUGUACAAACCCCCUUGCCUAGUUCAUGUCCUGUCCUAAAAUUACACUAUCUUCACAUUAUAUGUCUUCACAUUAUGAAAAAAAAAUUACCGUGCUAAUUUUGUACAUUUGUCCAUGUUCAGCAUUUUUGAUUGAUUAUUUUUAAACAAAGUUUAUGAUACUUGGUUGGAUGUGCAAGAGCCAUUGGCAGUGCAUUGUACAUUUCAUAUAUAUAUAUAUAUUGGGGAGGGCAGUUAUGUACGCAGCAAUCGUGGACAUAUUCGCCGCUGCCCCGUCCAAGAAGAUAUUUUCAACUUGUAGAGAUGUAUUAUUCGCUUUGUAAAGUAGCUGGGUGGAUUUCCUGUUGAAUGUCUGCCGUCUUCACUCCCAAAAAAUAAUUGCCAAAUGUGCUCUGCAUAUUGUAUAUACGACACUUCUUGAGAUAAGUUUUUAUGAAUACUAAAUGUCUUUAAUGGAAAUUGUAUCUUUGCUGUUUUCUUGUAUAGCCUGUUUAAAACAUUGUACUAUCAUAUCUAAAAACCUUGGUAACUAAGGUAACAUGUCCAUUGCAUUCUGGGAUAUUACCUUUGGAAGCUGUCAUUGGACCUCAGGUUGUCAUAUUUUAGAUUUCGAUAGCGUAUUGAUAAACCAAUUGUUAUAUGCAUUUAAAAUGAAUGUUAAUAUUUUGCGCCACAGUUCUCGACUGAAUGCGAGUAUAUAAUAUUUACUUGUGGGCAAGGUUGGCCACAUCAUUCAUUUUCCCCUUCACUAAAUCUCUGUAUAGUUCCACAUUAGUUUGGAGCAAGUUGCAAAGUUAUUAUCAAUCAUAUUGCACACCUUUCAACUAAUCGUUGGUUACUUGCUAUACCCAGGUAGAUAUGAUAGUAUAAUGUACAAUAAACAAGCCAAUCAGACCAUUGCAUUCUGUUUACUAGUUUAAAUCUGGGGAACAUGGUUUUAUUUACUGUUCAGAGUUAGACUGUAAAAAAAAAACGCUUUCCUAGGAUAGAAAACCGAACAAAAAGAAUUGGUAACUAUUAUUAUUACCAUCAAUGACAAUUUCCAGAUUGUUAAAUAUUCAGUGUCCGGACUAUUUUUAUGUUAGAAAUGUAUUGUAGGUUAGAGUACAUUUCUCAGUGUUCUGUAGCCAUUUUUAUAGCGUCUGUUGUAAUAAAAUUUUUAUUGUUGUGUAACGUCAAAAAAA